AAAAAAAUACAUCUAAAAUAUCCAAUAGCACCUAGAAGAUUAAGCUUUAGAAACAUCCCAUUCCUACUAAGGUUACAGAGUGGGCCUUUACCUAAGCUCUUUGUCUGUUUAAGCAAUCAGCAUAUUCCUAUCAUAUUUCUCCAUACUUGUUGCCAUGAUAUUUUUACCUUUCACAAACAUGCAUGGAACAAAAUUCCAACAUGACACUAGAGAAAUAUUGAACCUACCCCAUUUUCUUAAAGACCCCUAAAAGUUUCUUUAUAAAACCUCUCCUCAAUUUCAGUGCAAUGAUCUCAAUGCAUAUCACCAUAUAUAAUCCUUUUUUUUUUUUGCCCUUUUUUGGUAAUCAAAGAAUGCAAAAUUUCUUGCUUUAACUAGCUUUAUAAGUAUAUAAUCCUUCAUGAAAAUGGGCAUGAUCAAGAUGUUUCAUUUGUUGUUUGUUUUGUAUGUCCUCUCCUUCAGUGUCCUUCUUGUUCAUGCCUUGGUUGAAAGUUCGAGUGAAUCUUAUUGGCUCUUAAGGAUCAAAUCUAGCUUUAUUGAUCCUAAUAAUGCUCUCAGUGACUGGUCUUCUGCAACUAGUUUCUGCAGCUGGAAUGGACUAACAUGUUCACAUGCUCAAGCUCAUGUCAUAGGUAUGAACCUCUCGAGUUCAAGGAUUUCGGGUUUUAUUUCACCUGAUUUUUCACAUCUCACUUCUCUUCAGACUCUAGACUUAUCAUCGAAUUCUCUAUCUGGCCCGAUCCCUAGUGAGCUCGGCCAGCUUGAGAAUCUUCGAGAGCUUCUUUUGCACUCAAACUCUCUAUCUGGUAAGAUCCCACAUGAACUUGGUUUUCUUCCAAAGUUGGAGGUUCUUAGAAUAGGGAACAACUUGCUUAGUGGGGAGAUCCCAAAAAGUAUAGGCAACUUGACUGAACUGAGAGUUUUAGGCAUGGCUUACUGUCAACUGAAUGGAAGUGUCCCAUCUGAGUUGGGAAAGUUGAAGAAUUUGGUGUCCGUUGAUUUGCAGCUGAAUGCUCUUGUGGGCCCAAUCCCAAAGGAGCUUGGAGAAUGUGAAAAGUUGCAAAUUUUUGCAGCCUCAAACAACAUGCUCCAAGGAGAUAUACCUUCAUCAAUUGGUAAUCUUCAGUCAUUACAAGUACUAAACUUGGCCAACAACAGUUUAUCUGGUGUGAUUACUACAGCGUUGGGAAAUUUACAAGAAUUGAAGUACUUGAAUUUGUUGGGAAACAAAUUAAGUGGGGCCAUUCCAUUGUCUUUGAACCGGUUAAGUCAACUCAAAAAACUCGACUUGUCGGGAAAUAACCUCUCAGGAUCUCUUCAACUCUUCACUUCACAGAUGAAGAAUCUCGAGAUCCUUAUCCUUUCGAGUAACCACUUAUCCGGUGGCAUUCCUGGAAACUUUUGUACGAAUGGUUCGAGAUUGCAGAUCUUUUCGGUUGCAGGAAACGACUAUUCGGGAAAUUUUCCUUUGGAGUUGUUCAGCUGCUCAUCUCUUCAACAAGUAGACCUCUCCAACAACAAAUUCCAGGGAGAGUUGCCUUCUGCGAUUGAUAAACUGGAGUCGCUCACUGAUUUUUACCUCAAUAACAACAGUUUCAGUGGGAAAUUACCUCCAGAAAUUGGCAAUCUGAGUAACUUGGAGUUCUUUUCAUUAUAUGGCAAUAAGAUAACAGGCGAAAUUCCAGCAGAAAUUGGGAAGCUAAACAAAUUAAGUGUCCUCUACCUGUAUGACAAUCACAUGUCAGGUAACAUACCAUCUGAGUUAACAAACUGUACCAACCUAACAGAGAUUGAUUUCUUCGGAAACCAGUUUUCAGGCCCGAUUCCUGAUUCAAUCGGGAAUCUAAAGAACUUAGCUUUACUUCACCUAAGGCAAAACGAGUUAUCAGGGAAAAUCCCAUCUGCCUUAGGUGACUGCACAAAGCUUCAGAUGUUGGCCUUAGCUGAUAACAAACUAUCCGGGUCAAUCCCUUUCACAUUCAGUUCUUUGUCCGAGUUAAGUCUCAUCACCCUUUACAAUAACUCUCUUGAAGGCCCUUUACCCGAAUCUUUAUUCCUCUUGAAGAACCUAAAGAUCAUCAAUUUAUCCCAUAACAGGUUAAAUGGUAGCAUUUCUCCAUUAACAGGUUCAACCUCUCUCACAGUACUAGACUUGACUAAUAAUUGCUUUUCCGGCUCAAUCCCAUCUAGGUUGGCCUUGUCUAGAAACUUAAUCAGGCUUCGCCUUGCACGAAAUUCUCAUUUGGGUAAUAUUCCUGUUGAAUUUUCCCUUCUAAAAGAGCUUGUUUUUCUUGAUUUAUCCUCCAACAGUUUAUCAGGAGAGCUAACUGUUAGUCUUUCCAACUCUACGAAACUCGAGCAUUUCAUGCUGCAUAAUAACCAGUUUUCGGGGCAAAUUCCUACUUGGUUGGGGAACCUUAAAGGGCUAGGAGAGCUUGAUCUGUCUUCUAAUAAUUUCAAUGGAACAGUACCAAAAGAGUUGGGUAACUGUUCCAAGUUGAUCAAACUUUCUCUUCACACCAACAAAUUAUCCGGCCAAAUUCCUGCUGAGAUAGGAAAUUUGUUGUCUCUUAAUGUCCUUAAUCUUCAAAAUAACAACUUUUCCGGGACAAUUCCUUUAGAAAUCGGGAAACUCGUGAAGCUUUUCGAACUUAGGCUUUCUAACAACUUCUUGACAGGUAAAAUACCAGCUGAGCUAGAAAAACUUGAUGAACUUCAAGUAAUACUAGACCUUAGUUACAACCACUUAUCAGGGGAGAUUCCUCAAUCACUCGGAAAUCUCAUGAAACUAGAGCGACUAAACCUCUCGAAUAACCAACUUCAAGGCAAAAUACCGUCUUCACUAGGAAAACUCUCGAGUCUCGAUAGUCUCAAUCUCUCACACAACCUACUACAAGGAAAACUUCCAUCAGCAUUCUCGACAUUCCCACUUAGCGCGUUUGUAGGCAACAAAAGGCUAUGUGGGGCGCCAUUACAAUCUUGUUCGAGUUCAUCUAAGACAUGGUUGUCGAAGGGUGAAGCUAUCGCGAUUAUAGUUGGUAUCGUUUUCACAGCCAGUGUUGUGUGCUUGAUCAUGAUUUACAUCAUGUUGAGAAUAUGGACUACUUGGAGAAAAGUUGCUGUUUCUAGUAAUGAUGUGUUUGGGAAUGAAAAUAAAGGACAAGAUCAAGAAAAAUGGGUGUGUUAUGAGGAAAAAAGGAAAGGUGGGUAUUGCAAAAUGAAAUCUAAUAAUAUGACUCCUUCACCUGAUAAUAAACAGUAUAAAUCAGAGUUUGUGCACAAAUGAUGAACAUUUAUCAGUCUGUAUUUUUAUAAUUUAGCUCAUUUUUUCAGAUUUUUGUGUAAAUUUUCUGUUGAGAUGUAUAAAAACCAUUCCAUUUGGUUCGAAUUCACCUGUUUUUUUUUAUGAGAUUAUUUAUAGCUUUUGAUAAUGGCGUUGGGAUAAUGGGAUGAUAUAGUUAGAAACUUAAAACUGCUUCAAGGGGUGGGUUAUUUUUGGUCCGCAUAUUUUCGAUCGGUUCGAUUUUGAUUAGUUUAGAUUGAUCAAACAUGUCAAGAAUAUCAAUAUAAUAUUUUCUUAUCACUAUUUUUUUCGAAAAAUAUAA